AUGGGUCUUCCGUUUAAAGUGUUACUAAUUAUGGAUAAUGCACCCGGUCAUCCCUGUAUAGAACAUCCUAAUGUGCAAAUAGUAUUUUUACCACCAAAUACGACUAGCCUCAUACAACCACUAAAUCAGGGCAUAAUCGCAAAUUUUAAGAAACAUUAUAUCAAAUUAACUUUCAGCUACAUUUUGAAAAAGCUAGAGAACGAUAAAUUAAGCCUGACUGAAGUUUGGAAAAAAUUCUCGAUUUUAAACUGCAUAAACCAUAUUAUUGCAGCAAUUGGACAAAUCAAACAGCACACAUUAAAUUCGUGCUGGAAAGCGAUCUGGCCUGAAUGUGUAAUUAAUCGAAACGUUACCGAAAACGCGUCAACGUUAUUAUCUGAAAUUAGUGCGCUCGCACAUAACAUCGGCGGAGAAAGCUUCGAUACUUUCGGCGAAAAUGACCUGGACGAGAUGAUUGAGGAUCAAACUAUCGAUGAUAAUGACAUUAUCAAUAGUUUGAUAGAUUAUGAAAAUGGACAAGAAGAACCGGAAUCCAUUACAGCAGAUAAAAUAUAUACAGGAAUCCAGAUUUCUAAAAAAUUGGAAACGCAUUUUCUUAAAAUAGAUACCAAUGCGGAAAGACGCUUAAAAUUCCAAAAAGAGCUGAGAUCAUGCAUGUCUCACUAUCGUGACGUUUACAAGCAACUGACCAGUCGACCGUCGUCACAAAAACUGAUCACUGACUUUAUGGUACCAAAAAACAAAUCAAUUGAAAUCCUAUCUGCAAGCGACGAAAGCGAUUUUCAACCAAUUCGUCACAAGAAGAUGCGCGUUUUGGAUUACGACGAGUAG